CUUAAAGAAAGUCAAUUUUAAAAUUUUAAAAAUAACAAUGCAACAGAAUCAACUAAUCUUAAUAAGCAUUUUGCUCUUGGCUACGCUGCUAAAUAGCGUUCAAUGCGUAGAUAAAGAACCCUCCACAGAAGUCAAACGGUGCUCUGGGAGCAAACCUUUUCCCUUGGAAGUUCGUGUUCAUGGUUGUGUGACGCCUCCGUGCAAUGUCUUUAAAGGAACGGAUGCCAUUUUUGAGAUUGAUUUCGCCGUUGACAAGUUCAUCACCAACAUGACAACCUUGGUCAAGGCCACAACAUUGGGAAUUAUAACGGUGCCCUAUGAGCUGCCCGAAGAUGUUGCCGAUGUCUGCACCAAUCUGAUGUAUGGCGCCUAUUGUCCCGUUUAUCCCACGGAGGAUGUCACCUAUCUAUUCAGAUUUCCAGUGGGAGAAUAUCCUGAAAUUGGUGUGAAAAUCGAGCUUUAUCUGGCCGAUCAGGAUGGCGAUGUAGCCACCUGUUUUUUGUGUGAUAUCAAAGUCAAGAAGAACACAGGCAGCACCAAAAUGUAUGAGUUGGACUUUCUGAACCGCAAAUAAGCUUUACUCAACUAUAGCCUCAACUGUGAUACAAAUACAAAUAUAUAUUUUUUUCGUUCAAUAAAAAACUAUGCAAUAUAUCAAAUAAUAUUUUUGAUGUUGUCUUUGGGUAAUUAGCGUUCAACAGCCUAUAAAUAUCCAUUAACUUAUACGACUCAUCAAUGUAGAUUGUAAAAAAUAAUCGUUUAAGAUUUAAUUUUUAAGUACAAACCAUCAUAAACGUUCGACGAUCCCCACACGCAGUAGUUUCAAAGGCAAUUGAGACGAUAAAUCUAAACGUAAUAAGCUCCCGUAUUGAUAAGGUUCAAGUGUUUCUUCAUACUAUAUGGUCCUACCACACCUGUUCGCUCAGUUACCUUGCCACACACCUGUCACCUGGAAAAGUGCUGUGAAGGCCGAAGGGAAAUGUACCGAGACGACAAUUAACAGAAGUAACAGCAA